AUGAAUUCCCCAGAUCAACUCAACUUUGAAGCUGCCGCACAAAUUUCAAAGCCAGAUGAAGAACCAAAGAAACAGGUUAGGAGGAGACGCCAUAGCCGGCGGCGGCUUUACAAGGAAGUGCCUCUGGAUAUGGCUGAGGCUAGAAGAGAGAUUGUAACUGCACUUAAGCUCCAUAGAGCAUCAUCAACCAAAGAAGCUGCAAGAGAGCAGCAACAAAAGCAGGACCAAGAAAGUAAACAAUCAUUUCCUCUGUUUCCUGAAUUAGGCCAAUGUUUUGAAGCUGAAGGAAGAAGGAAAUCCAAAAGAAACCCCAGGAUAUACCCAAGUUGUUCGUAUGAUUGCUCAUUUUAUUUGGAAAAUGGGUCUGGUUUUGUUGCUCCUCCACCUGAGAAUCUCAAUACAGAAAUCCCUAUACAAACCUUUGAUGAUGAUUUCAAAACUUUGGAUACUUGUUCUUCAUUUUGUUCACUUUCAUUCUGGCCCCCACCAUCUUCAUAUAUUUGUCCCACUGUUUCUUGCCCUGAUACUCAUCAUCAGGAAUUCCCCAAAUCAGUUUCAUUACGUGAGGAAGAAGGCAAUUUAAUGGCUUCUGAUGUGUUUUGGUUCAAUAAUGACCCAACUGGAGUGAAUGAAAAGGACAUGCAGCAGGAAGCAGUGUUGGAGGAGGAAGCUAUGGCUAUGGCUAUGGAUGAUUUGAAGUCCAUGUCCAUGGACGUGAAAGCUUUAGAGAUUGAUUGUCACCAUAGUUCUGAUAAUGCUAUGGAAUUUCCUGAUUGGAUGAGCAUUAAUGACGAUUCUUUGCAGCAGUAUUCGAAUUAUCAUUUUGUAGAGGAAGAUUGCCUUCAAGAGCCUGACCUAUCCUGCUUCGACAUAGGGAAGAUUGAAGAUAUGGGUAAAGAAUGGUUAACAUGA